GUGGGUCACGUUGAAAAUAGGUCAUGACGACGUUCACUCAUGGACAAGCAGUGUGGCCAUCUUGAUUUAUUUGUGCAGCACUGAAAUUCAUCUUUUUCAGGUUUAUUUUUGACACUCAAAAGCUUUCAAAGUGUUUUUUCGAAUUUACACGACACUUUUUUGGACACAAUCAGUAUGCUGAAAACCCAAGAUGGCUGAUGAACACAGUGAUGCAGUUGAGCCGGGUCUAGAGUUUGAUGGUCAGGUAGAGGAGAAUAGUGACUUGAACCCAGAGAGAUUUAUCUUCCAAAAAGAAUACCUGCCUGACAAUGCAAUUCCUGAUGGAGCGCAAGCAAUGCAAAGCCUUGUCACAAGUGUUCCAUCGUCAGUUUUUUCCCUGGAGGAUAUAACAUCCUCUACUACCACAGGUGUGAAUGUCAUAACCUCCAUAGCUGGGGACAGUGCUACAGUUCUCAAGGGAGAUGCUGGGUCAGCUCAAGGGUUCACCCUUAUGGAAGGAGAAGGUGGAGAGUUCAUGGUGGUGGCCACCAACCCAGAGGUGGGGAGCUUGGAGGACAGCGAGGGAGCGUUGCCGCAUGUGGGAAACACUAUCACGCUCAAUCUGGAUGAAGCCACGCAGUUCCUGCUGCGCCAACAGGGCAUCACUCAGGCUGUGCAACUGGCAGAUGGAAGUUUCCAGAUUAUUGAUAAUUCUGUCAUGCAGGUGGAACGAGAGGAUGGCAGUGUUGAAGGCCAGGCUUUGCCAAUAGAAAUGCUGCAGGCUCUUCAAGGAGAGUUGUCUCAUUCCCUGACUGGUGGCGAUGGAAGCUUCAGUGCUGCAGAGGCUCUUGCACACCUGGACUCGAGGCAGGGUGACUCUGACUUGAAACUGGAACCUGACGGACACGAAGAAAUGAAGCCUGUGCUUGAAAACCCUGAGGAUGAAAGUGUUACGCUAACAGUAUCUAAUCCAGUCAUUCAUGAAACUGCUCACAGUUUGGAAGAUGUAUCUGAAGACAAAGUCAGAGAGAUGGUUGAGGAGAGAGAAGAUGAAGAUGACAAUAGUAAUGGAGCAACGGUUGUUGUAAAUUCUGAUAUGGAGCAGACUUUAAUGAAACCAGAAGAGAAAAGGAGUAGUGUGAAGAAGGAGCUGGUUGUGGAGAAGGAGCCUGAUCUGACCAACCCCAUCCCCCUCUCGGAGCAGACGGUCAUCACUGUGAAAGGCAAGAAAUGUGUGCUGGCCUUCAACCAGGACACCCAGCAAGUGUGUGCAUAUCCCCUCAAGCCUGCCCCAGGUACUAAAAGGCGUGGUCGUCCUCGACUCAGUGAGGAGGAAAAACAAAAACUGAUGGAGAAGAAACGGCAACAGCAACAGGCUCAGAUGGAAAAACUGCAGCAGUCAGGCUCCGAGCAGAACUCUGCUGCUGAAACUCUCCUGGAGCUGUCGAAUACAGGGACAGAUGGGGUGAGACGAAGUGGAAGGAAAAGACGCAAAGCAAAGCUAUUGGAAGAGUACGAAGAGCUUGAAGACUCAGAUGAGGAGGAACCUUUCACAGAUAACCAAGAUAAAGACCCAGACAUCACCCUCAACCUGCCAGACUUUAAGAAAAAGAAAACAGCUCAGAGGGAGGCAGAACCGCCCACCAUGAUUUUGACGGCAGCUCCAGCAGCUGCUCCUCCACCUGUGAAACGAGGGCGAGGCCGACCCCGCCGCUACCCACCCCCUGGUCAACCUCCAUCGUCUACCUCCAUCCCAGCUGUGAUGAUUCCGUCGGCCAAUGGUCAGACCACUCUCCUGAUGACACCGGUACAGGGCUUUCAUAACUUGCCAAACUUCCGCCCGACACUUCCAAUCAAGCCGGCGGAAGACACAACGAGGACGGUGACAGCCACCGCAGUUGUGACCAGCACGUCUGGGGCUGGGGACGCUGCUGACGCCAGCUCUCUCUCCCUGGCCAAUGACACCGACUCGCUGCCUCUUGACACCUCUGGAGUGCUUGACAGCAACAGUAUUAUCCCAAGUGCUCUGCAAGGUGACACUAUUCCCAUUGUUGGGGACAACACUGAUACCUCGGACAAUGUUAUUACUAUGGACACUCCAGCCAGCAUGAUGAAUUUCACUGCCACAACAUCGACCUCAGACAAGACCAAAGAUACAACGACGGCUGGAGGCGCUGAUUCGUCGGCACAACCCACAGUGAUUCAGAUACCGGACAGCUUGCUGCCCAUGCUGGGAAUUAAAAAGGACCCGAUUAAAAUAGGUCUGAAAGCCUCGGAGCGGGAGCUAGAGAAGCUCAAAUGCCCUAAGUGUGACUUCCAGGGUUACUACAGUCAGCAGUACCGCAACCACAUUGCCACGCACGGCGACGACAUUCAGAAGUGCAAGUGCUGCUCGUUUAUCUCACUGGACAGUGAGGAAUUGUUAGCCCACUUCAAGGAGUUUCACCCUCGCUGCAUAUGUCCUGAAUGUGACUACAUGGCAGAGCACGCUUAUAUCAUCAAGCGACAUAUGAUGAGGCACGACACCAAGAGCUGCACCUGCAAUAUCUGUGGCAAAGUCUACAAGGACAUGUACAUUCUCAAGAUGCAUGUGAAGAUGGUGCACAUGCCGGCCGAGGUGUUGUUUGAGUGCAACAUCUGCACUAAGAAGUUCACGCGCAAGGCCCACCUGAAGCGGCAUCUGAGGAUCCACGACCCAGAGAAACCUUUCAAGUGCCUGAUCUGUGAUUACAGGGGAUGUGAGAGGUCGGAUAUUUCCAAACACAUGCUGAUCCACGAGGAGCCCAAGCAUGCCUGCGAAAGGUGUGGCAAGACCUUCAGGCAUAUCAAGAAUAAAGAGCUGCAUGUCAAGAGGCAUUAUGGUCAGCGGGACUACAAGUGUGGUGUGUGUGAUUUUUUCGGCUACACCUUCACGGACAUCAGAAAACACAUUGAACGCAAACAUCAGGACAUCAAGAUGCUUAUCUGUGAUAAAUGCAACAAGCACUUCCGCUCGGAGUACGCCCUAAAGGAGCACCAGGCGACCUGCAAUGUGAUGAUGAUCGAGCAAGUGUUGGCCAUCCCCACCUCCAGCGGAGGCACCAGCCAGGCCACCAUCCAGAUCCCGGCCAACCUGGGACCCGAGCAGCAGAUCAUCCUGGACGGCCAGGCCAUUUCAGUGGACGGUCAGGCCAUCUCUGUGAACAAGCACGGUGGACUCAACAUCAUGGUUACAGAACAACACCUUGGCCUGGCAGGGGGCACAACCGAGGAAGAAGAAGAGGAGGACGCUGAGGAGGAAGAAGAGGCUGGGAUGGGUCGGACCAUGCACAUCAUCGGGGACACCAUCAUGACGGAGAGCGGCCAGGAGAUGCAGAUCCUGCCCCAGCAGUCGCUGACCACAGCCACCCGCAUCAUCUCCCAGGCUGACCUCCAGCAGAUCAUCGCCUCACAGGCGGCCGCCGACGCCGUGCAUCAGUCGGAGGCUGUCAGUGUGGCCACCUCGGAGGGGACCAUAUCUCAGGUGCUCGUCUCUGCCACGGCUCACCUUGACCAUGGCGCCACCGGUCACCUUGACCCCGGCGCCACUGGUCAUCUUGACCCCGGUGCCACUAGUCACCUUGACCCCGACUCCGCUGGUCACUUGGACCCUAACUCUGACCAAGUGGCCCAACAGUUUAUAAAUCCAGAGACAGAGGAAGAGGAAGGAGAGGUAGUCAAGCAAGCGAUGGUUUCUCCCUCGCAGGAACUUCAACACGAACUGAACAUUGGGGAGGAAAGCGGCCAUGAGAUAGUGCAGGAAACCGAUUUGAAGUGUGAAAAUGACGGAGAUUCCUAGCACAUGUUCUUUUGGUGUUUUAUAGUGUGUGAGUUGAUGGAUAUGGCUGAAUGAAUGAAUUAAUCGUUCUUUUUUUAUAAGGGUCAAGGUCGGAAGCAAUGGUAUUUGCUCAGUAUUUUCGUUCAUGCUUUCAUAAGUUAAUGGCAUUUUUUUACAAUAACAAUGAUAUUUAUUGAAUCGCAAAGCAGUCAGUGUUGUGUUUUUCAUUUUUGGCAGUGUUACGUUUAAAUGGGUUAUAAAAGGAAGUUCAGAAAGAGUGUAGUACAGUCAGACAAGGAUAACUCAAAAGACAUCAGACAUUGACAAAUGUGUUUGACAUAUAUCCAUAAUUCGGGUUAACCAAUAAUGGAAAACUUAAAAAGAGAUAUAUCUAUCAGUUGAGGAAGGGCAAAUAUUUCAAGCUCUACCCAUGAUUGCUUGAUGAAGCCCACAUGGGUCGCUCAGUGUUAAAAACAAUUAGGAAACGACAAAUGCAGUUUUUGGGACACAUAAAUAGACAUACGGGUCUUGAACACCUGGCUCUCACUGGCAAAAUUGAGGGCAAGCGAGGCAGGGGAAGGCCCAGAACAACAUACUUGGGUAACCUAAACAAAUUGGUAACAGGGAAAGAUCAGGAAAACAUAGCUUUUUUGAGAGCAUCCGAGCAAAGGAAUGAAUUGAGAACCAUGAUCGCCGAUGUCUGUCGCAGAUCUGGCACUGGAUGAUGAUGAUGACCCAUGAUUUCAAAUUUUCCAUCGUGUUCAUGUUACCUGUGCCCGACUGUACAAAUAUGCUAGGCUCCGCAAUAAAGUGUGAAAUGUU